GGCUCCGGCAUCUUCGUCCCCCCCACCGGGGUGUUGCGGGAGUCCGGCUCGCCGGGGAUGUCGCUGGUGGUCUGGGCGGUCUGCGGGGUCUUCUCCAUCGUGGGGGCCCUUUGCUACGCCGAGCUGGGCACCACCAUCACCAAAUCCGGCGGGGAUUACGCCUACAUGCUGGAGGUGUACGGCUCCCUGCCCGCCUUCCUCAAGCUCUGGAUAGAGCUGCUCAUCAUCCGGCCCUCCUCGCAAUACAUCGUGGCUCUGGUCUUUGCCACCUACCUGCUCAAACCCAUCUUCCCCACCUGCCCGGUGCCUGACCUGGCUGCCAAACUGGUGGCUUGCCUCUGUGUCCUGCUCCUCACAGCUGUGAACUGUUACAGUGUGAAAGCUGCUACUCGUGUUCAGGAUGCCUUUGCUGCAGCAAAGCUGCUGGCCCUGGCUCUGAUUAUCAUUCUUGGCUUCGUGCAGCUUGCAAAGGGUGAUGUGUCAAACCUGGCUCCUGAGCACUCCUUCGAGGGCACAAAAACGGGCGUGGGGAAGAUUGUGUUGGCUUUGUACAGCGGUCUCUUUGCCUAUGGAGGAUGGAAUUACUUGAAUUUUGUUACAGAAGAGAUGAUAAAUCCCUACAGAAACCUGCCUCUGGCCAUCAUCAUCUCACUGCCUGUAGUCACUCUGGUUUAUGUGCUGACAAACUUGGCUUACUUCACAACCCUGACGAAGGAGCAGAUGCUGCUGUCUGAAGCCGUGGCUGUGGAUUUUGGGAACUACCACCUUGGUGUCAUGUCCUGGAUAAUUCCUGUCUUUGUUGGCUUGUCAUGCUUUGGAUCUGUCAAUGGGUCUCUCUUCACUUCUUCCCGGCUGUUCUUUGUGGGAUCCCGAGAAGGACACUUGCCUUCAAUCCUGUCGAUGAUUCACCCUAGGCUUCUCACUCCUAUGCCCUCCCUUGUCUUCACAUGUGUCAUGACCCUUCUCUAUGCCUUCUCCAACGACAUUUUCUCAGUCAUCAACUUCUUCAGCUUCUUCAACUGGCUGUGUGUGGCUCUGGCCAUCAUCGGCAUGAUGUGGCUGCGUUACAAGAAGCCAGAGCUGGAAAGGCCCAUCAAGGUGAACAUCUGCCUGCCCGUUUUCUUCAUCCUGGCCUGCUUGUUCCUCAUUGUUGUUUCCUUCUGGAUGACACCAAAAGAAUGUGCAAUUGGCUUUGUAAUCAUCUUCAGCGGGAUCCCUGUUUACCUCUUUGGAGUCUGGUGGCAAAACAAGCCCAAGUGGGUUCUCCAAGGCAUCUUCUCUGCCACAGUCCUGUGCCAGAAGCUGAUGGAAGUGGUUCCACAAGAAUCAUAAGCAGGAAGAGCAGAGACACUGAUCUCGAGGAAACGCACAAUAUUUUAAGACGACACAAGGAGAAAAUGCUUCUGAUCCCUCGUAAAUAAAACCU